GAGCUUCAGUUCUGGAUUUCCACAUGACAGCUGCUCUGACCAGUUCUCAAACAGGAAGGCCAGGAUCGAGCCAUACUUCAAUGGACCCCAGAGGCAUCUUGAAGGCAUUUCCCAAGCGGAAGAAAAUUCUUGCCAAUCCAUCAUCAAAAGCACUUGCAAAGAUUCCCAAAAGGGAAGCAGGAGAAGAAGCAGGAGAGUGGCUGAACUCUCUGCGAGCCCACAUUGUGCCCACUGGCAUUGGACGAGCGCGGGCAGAACUGUUUGAGAAGCAGAUUGUCCAGCAUGGUGGCCAGAUAUGCUCUGCCCAGGCCCCAGGUGUCACUCACAUUGUGGUGGAUGAAGGCAUAGAUUGUGAGCGGGCCCUCCGCCUCCUUAGACGGCCCCGGCUGCCCGUGGGUGCUCAGCUGGUGAAGUCAGCCUGGCUGAGCUUGUGCCUGCAGAAGAGAAGGCUAAUGGAUACAGCUGGAUUCAGCAUCUUCAUCCCUGACAGGUACUUGGACCCACCACAGCCUAGCGAAAUGGACCAAGACUCUUCUACUCCUCCUGGCACCCACAAGGCCCUGCUUGGGACUGCCCUCUCUCCUCCCCCUUCUCCCACCAAACCUGUAUCUCCUCCCCAAAGAGCAGAAGAGGCAUCAAGUACCCAAGCCCAGCCCACCUCUGAUGAUGAAACCAGUGAUGGGGAAGAGACCCGGGUUAGUGCAGCUGAUCUGGAAGCCCUGAUCAGUGGCCACUACCCCACCUGCCUUGAGGGAGACUAUGAGCCUAGCCCAGCUCCUGAAGGCCUGGAUAAGUGGGUCUGUGCACAGGCUUCGAGCCAGAAGGUGACCAACCACAACUCCCACAUCACAGAGAAGCUGGAAGUGCUAGCCAAAGCCUACGGUGUUCAGGGAGACAAGUGGAGGGCCCUGGGCUAUGCUAAGGCCAUCAAUGCCCUCAAGAGCUUCCACAAGCCUGUUACCUCCUACAAGGAGGCCUGCAGCAUCCCAGGGAUUGGGAAGCGGAUGGCCGAGAAGAUCAUAGAGAUUCUGGAGAGCGGGCAUCUGCGGAAGCUGGAUCAUAUCAGCGAGAGCGUGCCUGUUUUGGAGCUCUUCUCCAACAUUUGGGGUGCUGGGACCAAGACUGCCAAGAUGUGGUACCAUCAGGGCUUCCGAAGUCUGGAAGACAUCCACAGUCAGGCCUCCCUGACUACCCAGCAGGCCAUUGGCCUGAAGUAUUAUGAUGACUUUCUGGAACGCAUGCCUAGGGAAGAGGCUACAGAGAUCGAGCAGACAGUCCGGGAAGCAGCCCAGGCCUUCAACCCUGGGCUGCUGUGUGUGGCAUGUGGUUCGUACCGGCGGGGGAAGGCAACCUGCGGUGAUGUGGACGUGCUCAUCACUCACCCGGAUGGCCGCUCCCACCAGCACAUCUUCAGUCGCCUCCUCGACAGCCUCCGUCAGCGAGGCUUCCUCACAGAUGACUUGGUGAGCCAGGAAGAGAAUGGCCAGCAACAGAAGUACCUGGGUGUGUGUCGGCUCCUGGGUCCAGGGUGGCGCCACCGGCGAUUGGACAUCAUCGUUGUGCCCUACAGCGAGUUUGCCUGUGCCCUGCUCUACUUCACCGGCUCUGCCCACUUCAACCGAUCCAUGCGGGCUCUGGCCAAGACCAAGGGAAUGAGCUUGUCGGAGCGUGCCCUCACCACGGCUGUGGUCCGGAACAGCCAAGGCGUCAAGGAGACUCAGAAUUCGGGGACCAACUUCAAGCCUUAUAGAAUCCUGGUCCCCAAGCCUGGUGAGGGCAACAGGAAAUCAUGGGCUGAAGAGGGAGAGUGCCCACACCCUCCAAAGGCCCAUCCUGGGGGUGAUAUCUUCUUGGCUGCUCGGUCAAGACACAGGAGCCCAGAAGAAAAGCCACUGAGACAAAGGAGCCAUUGAAGGGAUUUUUGUGUCUUGAGAAAGGCUGCCCAGUUUGGGGGAAGAGGUGGUUCGCUGAGACCAAACUAAGCAAGGAAUGUGAGUGUUGGGGGUUUCCCUAGUCACUGCAGAGCCUGGACCUGGUUCAGGCUUUCAGACCAGUCCCCCAUCCUGCCAGUAAGGGACUGAGGUCCUGUCCAGCAACAGCACUCCACACACCCACCAUCCAAUCACCACCUGGUCCAGAGAAGAAGGAGGACCCCAUAAGCCUACCUUCUGCCCCAGCCUAGUCCCUCUUCACUCUAUCCCUGAGCCAGGGUUGUCCUGGGCCAGACCAGGAGUAGGCAGAAUAAUGGUCCCCCAAAGAUGUCCACAUCCUAAUCCCUGGAACCUAUGCAUAUGUUAUUUUACUUGGCUAAAGGAACUUGGCAGAUGUGAUUAAAGUUAAGCAUUUUGAAAUGAGGUGUUAUCUUGGAUAAUACAGUUGGCCCAAUGUAAAAACGAAUCCUUGAAGGCAGAGAACCUUUCCCAGCUGCAAUCAGAGAAACGUGACUACAGAAGAAGUGUCAAAGAGAUGUGAUGUUUCUGGCUUCAAAGAUGGAGGAAGGGGCCACUAGCCAAGGAAUGCAGGCAGGCUCUAGAAGCUGGAAAAGGCAGGAAACAGAUUCUACUCUAGAGCCUUCAGAAAAGAAUGCAGCCCUGCUGAUACCUGGAUAUUUUGUUCCUGUGAGACCUGUGUCGGCUUUUAAGCCCAGAACUGUGAGAUAACUUCAAGUUGUUUUAAGCCACUAAGUUUAUCAUUUUUACUGCAAUAAUAGAAAUUCAAUAGA